CCUGCAUGUAACUUGGGAUACUCCACCGAGAGUCCGCGACCACUCCUCUCACCUUCCACUCCAAACGAAGCAGCUAGCAGAGGCAGAAUCCCGAGCCCUUCUCCCUCCUCCUUCAGCUACCGGGGGUGGGCGAGAGUGACAAGAUGAUAUCGUGGAACGAUCUCUACACGGUGCUGACCGCGGUGGUGCCGCUGUACGUGGCCAUGAUCCUGGCGUACGGGUCGGUGAGAUGGUGGCGCAUCUUCACGCCGGACCAGUGCUCCGGCAUCAACCGCUUCGUCGCCGUGUUCGCCGUGCCGCUGCUGUCCUUCCACUUCAUCUCCACCAACGACCCCUACACCAUGAGCCUCCGCUUCCUGGCCGCGGACACGCUGCAGAAGCUGCUCGUCCUUGCGGGGCUCGCCGUGUGGGCGCGCCUGCCCUCGCUCGGCGGGACCGGCGCGCCGCGGCUCGACUGGUCCAUCACGCUCUUCUCCCUGUCCACGCUGCCCAACACGCUGGUGAUGGGGAUCCCGCUGCUGAUAGCCAUGUACGGGCCCUACUCCGGCUCCCUCAUGGUGCAGAUCGUCGUGCUCCAGUGCAUCAUCUGGUACACGCUGCUGCUCUUCCUCUUCGAGUUCCGCGCCGCGCGGAUGCUCAUCGCCGACCAGUUCCCGGACACCGCGGCGGCCAUCGCGUCGCUGCACGUGGACCCGGACGUGGUGUCGCUGGAGGGCGGGCGUGCGGAGACGGAGGCCGAGGUGGCGGAGGACGGGCGGCUGCACGUCACCGUUCGGCGCUCGUCUGCGUCGCGGCGGUCGCUGAUGGUAACGCCGCGGCCGUCGAACCUGACGGGCGCGGAGAUAUACUCGAUGAGCUCGUCGCGGCUGCACAGCCCGCGGGGCUCCAACUUCAACCACGCCGACUUCUUCGCCAUGGUCGACGGUGCGCCGCCCCCGUCGACGCCCGCCGGUGCAAGCGGCUCGAGCUUCGGCGCUGCGGAGGUGUUCUCGACGCGCUCGUCGCGGGGGCCGACACCGCGGCAGUCUAACUUCGACGAGCACUCGGCGUCCGCACGGUCCUCAAUACCUGCGGCAGCCGCGGCCGCGGCCGUGCCUAAUCAUGACGCCAAGGAGCUCCACAUGUUCGUGUGGAGCACGAGUGCCUCUCCUGUCUCGGAAGUGAGCGGCCUGCCGGUGUUCACCGGUGGCGCAGGCGUGAACGGCGGUGCGAAGGAAAUCCGCAUGGUUGUCCCCGCCGACCUACCGCAGAACGGCUCGGCCGGCAAAGAGAAUGAGAACAAAGGCGUAGUGGCAACGGGGGAAGGCGAGGCUUUCAGCUUUAGCGGUAGCAAGACGGCGGAGGACGCCGAGGCGGGGGAGGCAGGGGCGCCGGACCGCAUGACGAAGCUGGGGACCAGCUCCACGGCCGAGCUGCGCCUCAAGGACAUGGACGGAGCGGACGCCGGCGGAUACGCGGACGCGGGCCGUGAACGGCCGCACCAGAUGCCCCCGGCGAGCGUGAUGACACGGCUCAUCCUCAUCAUGGUGUGGCGCAAGCUCAUCCGCAACCCCAACACGUACUCCAGCCUCAUCGGCCUCGUCUGGUCCCUCAUCGCCUUCCGGUGGCACAUCUCCAUGCCGGCGAUCGUGGCCAAGUCCAUCUCCAUCCUCUCGGACGCCGGGCUGGGGAUGGCCAUGUUUAGCCUGGGAUUGUUUAUGGCGCUGCAGCCGAGGAUCAUCGCGUGCGGAUACCGCGCCGCCGCCAUCUCCAUGGCCGUCCGCUUCCUCGCCGGCCCCGCCGUCAUGGCCGCUGCGUCCGUCGCCAUCGGCCUUCGUGGGACGCUCUUGCAGGUCGCCAUUGUUCAGGCGGCUCUACCGCAAGGGAUCGUACCUUUUGUGUUUGCAAAGGAGUAUAACGUCCACCCGGCCAUCCUGAGCACAGCGGUAAUUUUUGGCAUGCUGGUAGCCCUGCCGAUCACCUUGGUCUACUACAUCGUUCUAGGACUACGAUAAAGGACGUAACGCUACUGCUCGCUCACAUGAGGUCGAACUCGAUGGACGAAUGCAGAUAAGUUGCAGAGGCGUAGUUGCACUUUGUACCCGAUCGUGGCCCAUGCAUGGCUGGAGGCUUGUCAUUUGUAGCCGUGCCCCACAAAAUCCCUUGAGGUGAUUAGGCAUGCAGUUUGUGUUGCUUACUUGUAAUCCCUAUAGGGUUUUGAGGAUUAUAUAAAGCCAUGUCCAUACCUCCUAGAUUAAGCUUUAAGGGCCUGGACCCCUUUAGAGAUCGAUUUGUUGGUAGAGACAAAUGAACUGGUAGAGACUAAUGAACUAGAUGACUUUCGCUGCAAUGGAAGACAGAAAUAUCUUGCAAUGAA